GCUUUGAGGAAGUCAGUCUCUCGACCAAUCGGAAGUUCCCAAUCCCGGGACUUUUGUGAUCUGUUCAGCUCGUCAGUGUACUGUACCGCUCAACAUUUCUUGUGGAAAUCUUGAGACAGGACAACAACCAAACAGCAUAGAGAGAGCCUACAGUUGCCAAUUUUGACGGGUUGGGCCCCCCUACCCACAACACCCCACCAUGCCUCUGGUUACGAGGAAUAUAGAGCCGCGGCACGUGUGUCGCCAGACCAUUCCUUCCAACAUCCGCAGUGAGUUGGAAUGUGUCACCAAUAUCACCCUGGCCAACAUCAUCCGCCAGCUCGGCAGCCUCAGCAAAUAUGCAGAGGAUGUGUUCGGGGAGUUGUUUGUCCAGGCUGGAGAAUUUGCAAUCAGAGUAAAUACACUGGGAGAAAAAGUGGAUCGUCUGCAGGUUAAAGUCACCCAGCUGGACCCCAAAGAAGAGGAGGUCUCUCUGCAGGCCAUCACUACCCGUAAGGCCUUCCAUAGCAAUGUGACCCAGGACCAGCAGCUGUUCACCAGGCCGUCUCUGCCAAUGCCUGUACAGGACACCUACAUGACCUGUAAUCCGCCCCCACCACUCAAUAACCUCAGCCAAUACCGGGACGAUGGGAAGGAGGCCCUGAAGUUUUACACUGAUCCCUCCUACUUCUUUGACCUGUGGAAGGAGAAGAUGCUGCAGGAUACCAAGGACAUCAUGAAGGAGAGACGCAAGCACAGAAAGGAGAAGAAAGACCAUCUGAAUCAACGGACGCUCAAUCCACGAAAAAUCAAGACCAGGAAGGAGGAAUGGGAACGCCGUAAGAUGGGGGAGGAGUUUGUGAUGCCAAAAAAUGACUUGAUGAAUUCUUCUGAGGGUCUGAAUGGCAGUAUUGGGUCUGGAGACGGCUUCAAUUCUGAAGGCCUUGAGCAGAGUACCGGCUCCUACGCUUAUGAUCCGAGCUCCCCUCUCUCUACGCCUGGCCCUGAUGACUUCCUUCCUCCUCCACCUCCAGACAUGGCGUAUAAUGACGGACAAUAUGGAGCACCAGCCCAGAAGCGUGUCAGCGUGCUGAGUCCAACCCACCCACCUCCUGCUCCCCUGACCUCUUCCCCACCCAACUCUCGCCCCAACCUAGCCCCUCCCCCUGCACCUCCUCCCCCUCCUCCACCCUCUGGCUUUGGGGUUCCCCCACCUCCCCCUGGCUUUGACACCCCACCUUCUCCUCCUCCUCCACUCUCCUCCUCUUCCAGCGCCUAUCCCUCCCCACCUGCUCCCCCUCCUCCACCUGCCAUGUCUGCUGUUUCUCCUCCUCCUCCACCACCUAUGCCUGCAGGUGGUGCUCCACCACCUCCUCCUCCUCCUCCACCUCCCCCUGGUCCUCCCCCCUCAUCCUUUAACCACUCUGCUCCCCCUCCUCCCUCUGGUGGUGGUGGGGCACCCAGCUCUGCUCCCAAACCUCAGCCGGAGCCCGCUGAUGACGCUCGCAGUGACCUGCUGCAAGCCAUCCGACAAGGUUUCAAUCUGCGUAAGGUGGAGGCACAGCGCGAGCAGGAGAAGAGAGAUCACAUUGGCAACGAUGUGGCCGCCAUCCUGUCCCGUCGUAUCGCUGUGGAGUGCAGCGACAGCGAGGAUGACUCUUCAGAGUUUGACGAUGACCAGUGGUCCGAGUGAUAGUCAUCCCUUUUCACCUUCACUACAACCUUUGUGUCUUUCCUCAGCCGUAAACAACAUCAGUGUAUUUCCAUUCAGAUUACAUUCUUAAGUACCAGCGCUGCAAGGGUCCAUGUUAUCUGUCUGUCAGAUUUUGAGUGUAUGCGCACAUAGUAUGUUCAAGUGACCUAUUACAAAUCACAUUCCUCAACCCAUUUAUUUCUAUUUAUCCAAAAUUAUUCAGAUCAGAGGUGCAAAAGUCCAAAGAUUGAGAAAGAGCGUGAGUGUGCCUGGUUGUGUCCCGAUUUGCCAUUGUCUUCAUUGGAUGACACUGCGCUGUUAUUGAUGUGAGAGUGUUGUGUGAUGUGAUGAACGUCUCUCUGCUGAGUCUGUGCGUAAACACAUCACCUCCAUCUUUAUCUUAGUGUCUAUUAGAAUCAGAUGCCCUUUGCUGCUGGCCAAAUGUCUGAUUUUAUCUGCUUUAGUAUAUUAUGGCAAAGGAUAAUAGAGAUGGAGUACACACCUCUUCCAUGCACAGUAUUUGUAUGUAGUAGAAAAACACAAGAUGUUGACGUCAAAACAUUCUCGCUCAUUUAUAGAUGAUAUGAUAUAGAUGUAAAGUUUAUUUUACAUAUUAAAUCACAUCUACUAAAUAUAAUUAAUUCAAUCCCUUUGUAUCCCUUUAAAGCACAGUUUUUAAAUCACUUUUACUCCCCUCACUUUUGUAUUCAGUCUUCUUUUUUUCUGUGGUUGUCAUGGGAACAAUUGACUUGUGGAUGAGCUUAUAAAUGAAUUAUUCAGUGCGAUAGGGGUGGUUUUGGCUCAUGGCAGACACCUGGGGUGUUUGAUAAGAUCACCAUACUGAACAUAUGCAGACAUUUAACACAAAUAUCAUGAUUAAUUUUGUACUGUGUUUCAGCUGUGUUACGUAUUUCUUCGCGCAGUUUUUAUUUUGACCUUUUCUGGGGAUGAACUAGGCUCUGAUGCUUUAAUCACUGUCCUCUGUGUAGAAUCAGGCAGCCUUUUGCCUUAUCCUGCUGCCUGGCAAGUGCCUUUUUUAUACUGCAUUUCAGUAUCAGUGCAGGUUUAUUUUGGUUAUCCACACUGGUCACUGAUCAGCUUCUUCCAAAAAUAUUAACAGCUGCCAUUGAUGAGUCAAACGUAGAACUGACUGAUAUUUUUCAAGUGCCUAUAUAUUUUAAAUAUGCCUGUGUUAAAGCACAAUCACACAGCAUGCUUAGCCAAAGUUCUGCUUCUCCUGCCUUAAAUUUCCAAAUAAUUAUAGUUAUUUCAAUAAAGAUAAGAGUGAAUUACA